ACUUUGUCCCAGGUUGAAGUAAAAAAAGGUAGAAGGAGGGAAGGACAAGAGAGAGAAAGGACGAAACCAACUACCAAGUUGACUGGCUAAUAAUAUCCAAUCAUGUUCAUGGAGAGUUGGAGACACGCCUUUCUUGCAGGCUAUUGUUGGUUGAGGCUUCAGGAGGGAUGAGCUCCUAAUAAAUCACCCACUGCUAUUCCUUUUUAUAUCUUUUUCUUUUUUAAUUCCAUCUUCAUUUUUCUAUUUAUUUUUUAAAAAUAUUUCCCAUUUGAUAUUAAUCUUCAUUUCAUUCAUUACAUCAAUCUUUGAUCAGCUUCCUUUAAAACCCAGAAGGAGAUUUUCCAUCUGGGUUUUGAAGAUUUUGAUUAUCCGGAAGGAAAAAAAAAUUUGAUUUGAGGGGAAAUUGAAAAUUUUUGUUUCUUUUGAAGGGAAGAUUGAAUGGGUUUGAGAGGCAUUGAUUCUGUGGAGGGGACAAUGGGUGGGACGAAAUAGGAUUUUGUUCGUUAAGGUUUUAACGUUCCUGUCUGUCUUUUGUUGGUUUUCUCGAAGUUGUCGAAAUGUUUGACUAAUCUGCAGACAAUAACGUCCUAAUAAUAUAUUUUUGCAUUUGUUCUUCGAUCAGUGACUCAGUAGGAACCAAAUAGUGGGAUUCUGACCGUUACAACCAAUUUGCCUUUUGAGAAACUGUUGUUGGGAGGGUGGUUGUGUCCCGUUUGGUGCAGGGGACGACCUUCUACUUCUAUGUAUUGACAAGAUAGCUUCUUUUUCAUGUUCUGUCGAUAUUUUGUGUGUUGUUUAUUUGGAUGGAUUAAGGAUCUAAUGUCCUACGUUUGAGGAAAAUAAGGAUUGACUAUGUACUACUAGUCAUUGUAUAUCCCCCAGUUGUUGGGUUUGCGAUAUUUUGAGGGACAUGAAAUUUCUAAGCGUUAUGGGAAAUUCAUUUGGAUGUUCAGCAUCCGGGGAGCGGUUAGUUUCAGCAGCAAGAGAUGGCGAUGUUCAGGAAGCCAAGGCCUUGCUAGAAUGUAACCCUCGCCUGGCAAGGUACUCCACUUUCGGUGUACGCAAUUCCCCUCUCCAUUAUUCUGCAGCUCAGGGCCACCAUGAGAUAGUCUCUCUAUUGCUUGAGUCUGGAGUUGAUAUCAAUCUGAGGAAUUAUCGCGGUCAGACUGCUUUGAUGCAAGCUUGCCAACAUGGUCACUGGGAGGUUGUUCAGACUUUGAUUCUUUCUAAGGCCACAAUUCACAGAGCAGAUUAUCUGAAUGGCGGUACUGCACUCCACCUUGCCGCUUUGAAUGGUCAUUCUCGAUGCAUCCGACUCCUCCUGGCUGAUUACAUUCCCAGCACUGCAGAUUUUUGGACUACGUUAAGGAAUGCUGAUAGCAAUGAAGAAUCAAUCACAGAGUUUAAUCAUGAGGUUUUGUUCCAGAUAAUUAAUAGGCCCGCUGAUGGAGGAAUCACUGCACUGCAUAUGGCAGCACUGAACGGUCACGUUGAAAGCAUACAACUACUUUUGGAUUUAGGGGCUUCUGUUUCUAAGGUGACUGUGCAAGACGGCGCUACAAUUGAUCUAAUAGGUGCUGGAAGCACAGCCCUGCAUUAUGCUGCAUGCGGAGGAAAUGCGCAAUGUUGUCAAAUUUUGAUUUCCAGGGGAUCCAGUCUGAAUGCUGAAAAUGCCAAUGGAUGGACUCCCUUGAUGGUAGCUCGGUCAUGGCAUAGAGACUGGCUUGAGGAAAACCUUACCUCCGAGCAAGAAGGCCAGUCGCAGAUUAUUCCUUCACCAUACCUAUCUCUUCCCCUUAUGAGCAUUAUGAAGAUUGCUAGAGAAUGUGGAUGGAGGAACAAUGAUUCUUUAUCUACGUGCCAAGAUCCAUGUGUUGUCUGUUUGGAACAACAGUGCACAGUGGCCGCAGAAGGUUGCGAUCAUGAGUUCUGCACAAGGUGUGCCUUGUACCUUUGUUCCACAAACUGCACUUCAACUGUGUCCAAUGGCCCCCCGGGCUCAAUUGCAUGUCCUCUCUGCCGAAAUGGCAUAGUUUCAUUUGUCAAGCUUCGAGGAGCAAGAUCAAUGGCUAAGGAGAAUGCAAGAACAAGUAUAUCACUAUCAUUUUGCACAUGUUCUUCUGAGGGAUCAGAUUCCUCCUCAUUAACAACCCCAUUAUACAAGCCUGAGUUUCGUUGCUCCGGAAAAUCCCCUCUCGGGUCUUUCCGGUCCCUCAGCUGCCAGAAGUUCCCAUCAAUCAAGAUCAACUACAACCUUUGCAUGGGAGCUCCAAAUAUUAAUCCUUGUUUGGUUCCAAUCUCUAGUAGUCGAAAGUUGCGGAACCGUUUGGCCAGAUGUUCCAGAACAGGCUUUAGGCGAUCGGCUUCUCAACCCGAUGGCAGAAGGUCGUGGUUCUCUUCAUUCAAUUAAAAUGUAACAACAGGCUGUGGAUGUUGAAUGUAUUUUGGUCCUUUAUUUUUCUUGUAUUCUCAGUUCUUUCGAACGUAAUUUUUCCCCUUAUUUUUGUCCAUAAUGUGACCCUUAAAUCA